AUGACGCAGCUCAGAAUCAUACGUCAGCUCCUUUGCAAUCGAAAAGAGCACCGAGAGCGAUUAAUCCAAACUGUCACGCAAUGGCUGGGAUCCAAAGCCAUUCCGCGCGCGAUUUCAGCGCGCCUAGGAUACCCCGUCCAGGAGCUCAACAGCUGGGUUAUCGUCCACGAGCGCCAUUCAAGCAACUCGGAUCAAAUUCCUCACAUCACCCUCCGGGGAUACCGACGAAAACGUGGUGUGGUGACAGUGCACAUCUACGUAACCGAACAAUAUGUCCGUGAAGGCACCGGUCUCUACUACCACGGCGCCCCAAUCAAAGCGAAAACGACUUGCGUUUUAUCAUAUCACCUCGCACAUACGCGAAACGGCCAGCAGACCGGAGGACGUCAGUCGUCCGCGAAACGCGGCAUCCUCCCCGCCCCGCUCUCAAGUCGCCAACUCGACGCUCUUGCACAGCCUACCCGCUACGAAUAA